AGCUCGAUUAGGCCAUGUUGGGCUCAAAACUGAAGCCUUUACCGACAAGUAUACUCUUCCAUAGGCGACUGUUCCUCGUCACUGCAGUCGGCAGUCCACUUUAUGUGAGAUUUAGUACAGUCGUGAAUGGUAAGGCAUCCGGGGAGUGCUUCAACGGCCACCAUGCCACGCCGUGCCCCCUCCUACUCUUACCCCCAGCAGAAGAGGGAGACAAUUCAGUUAAAACAGCAGUACGAAAGCAUACAUCUCGACGGGUGUUGGAGGAGGCCCACGUCGACCCUAUACUGGCGAAGGCUAAGAAGGCUCUGUGGAGGCUUAGUGCUGUCCCGGAUGAGAUCGUCGAUCCAUGUGAUGAGGCGGAGGUGGUCCGGUGGUAUGAACGGAAGCUGGCGGCUAAGGCGAGUAGGAAGGUAGAGAGGCAGAAGGAGAAGGAGGCACUUGCUACGAGGAAGAUGAUACGAUUGGGGAGGUUGGCCCUUCGUCAGCUGGACAUGGGAAGUCUCCGUCCUCGUGAACUAGUGGCGAAGGCGCCUAAACUGAGGUCUCUGCUAGAUCCCAAUACCAUCCCUUCCUCAACUGCAGAGGAUCACGAGAUAUACCGGUGGUACGAUGAGGUUUGUCGGGUCCUUACACCAGAGGGUGGUGACCCUCCUUCAGUAGAGCAGAAGAGGGGGAGGAAGAAGAAGCAGCCAAUGGAGGAGGAGGGCCAGUCGGUGGAGGCGGCAGCCCUUGCAACAGGAUGAUAUCAUGGCUCCACGAUGACUACCGAUAAUUAUUACUCUGGUUUUACUUUUAACCUUGCUGC